UCCCUGCCCGGCCGCAGAGCCCCAAGUGUGGCAGGACGCUGUGAGGCAGCCCCUGUCUCAGGCAGCCCCUCUCUCAGGGCACAUCCCCAUCUCUGAUCCCCAGACCCCCGUGCUGGGCCCUGCCGCAAGGUCACUGCCAUCCCUCUUCCCCCAGCUGUGCCUCUCUCUCCGGGUUUGUGCCGCCGUGUUCUCCCCUGACCAGGAGGGCGUUUGGUGCUUGCAGGGAGCUGGAUGGUCUGAAGAGAGGAGCUGCUGGGCUUUCCCGGGUGCCCCGGCACUCCCAGUGAGGCAGCGCCAUGCUGGCUCCAAAGAAAGGCCUCCUGUGCAACCUCAACCACAUCCACCUGCAGCACAUCUCCCUGGGGCUGCACCUCUCCCGGCACCCCGAGCUCCAGGACACGGAUGGUUCCACCGGUGGGGGAGACCAGACCGGCUGCACCCAAUGCCCGGAGAACCGUGAGCCAGUGGAUGCCAAUUCCAACAGUCCCUCCGUGAAGUGCCGGUGUUGCGAGUCCCACGCUCCAGAGCCGGAGACGCUCGGGCUCCAGAACCAGGCAGUGCAAGAGGAUUUCCCCUGCCUGCACAGCGGAGACGAGGAGGAGGCGGCUUCCCCUUGUGAUCCCCCUUGUGAUCUGGCUUCUUCCUCCUCCUCCUCCUCCUCCUCCUCUGUCAGUAGCUGCUCGGAUUUCAGCUUGGAUGACUCCCCGGUCUCGGUGUACUGCAAGGGGUUUGCCAGAGAAGAGUCCCAAUCCCCUGACGGGCAGCUGGACGUCAUUCCCAUAGAAAACGCCCGGGAUGGCGAGGCUCUGGCUGACCAGGACAGGACGUGUGAUGGGAGAGAUGCCAACCACAACUCCCCGGUGCUCCGGAGAGCCACUGCCGUGGCCAGCAAGAGCCCAGACAGCCUCUGCAGCAAUAACUCUCUCGACUCCCACUGCGAUGAGCUCUCUCCCAGCACAGCAGCACAGGAGACCACCAGCAUCUGCACUGACCUAGACCCUAACUGCAACCCGCUCCCCGAGCCCGAUGCUGCUCCUCCAGCACCGCCUGUGCCGGAACGGCGGGACCCCGGGAUCCCGAGCAGCGCUCCGGAGCCGCGGCCCCGGCCCGGCAGCCUCCCCCCGCCUGUGCCCCCUCGUCCCCGGCGCCGGCUGCAGGUCCUCAACGCGCACAGAGUGGAGCAGCCGCUCGGGCCAGUGCGGCCCGCAGAGCCCAAGGCCGGCCCAGGUGAGCUCUGCAGAGACACGGGCACGAAGACCAUCACCUCCUUCCACGAGCUGGCCCAGAGGAGGAAGAGGAACGUGGCUGGGCCCACACUUGCCCAGGCCAGGGCUGACCGCAGUGACUGGCUGAUCGUGUUCUCGCCUGACACGGAGCUGCCCCCCACCAGCGAGCUGCUCUCCGGCACCGCGGGCCAGGAACCAGCCCAACCCCAGCCUCAGCCUCAGCCCCAGCCCCAGCAGGACGGGCCAGCCAGGCCUCCCGGCUCCAGACAGAGAGAGGUGACGACGUUCAAGGAGCUGCGGUCCCGCAGUGCCGCCAGGCAGCCCAAGGGCCAGCGGGCAGAGCCGGCCCAGCACCCCCCCGUGCCCCCGGGGACGGGCGUGGGCUGGGGGCCCCCCGCGCCCCUGGGGGGACAGGUGCUGGCACCCAGUGACGGCCACCAGCUGAGAAGGAGACCCCGGCCGAGCCUGCAGCCCAUCGCGGAGGGGCAGCCGAGGGAUGUGGAGAAGGGGGGGCUGCCCCCAGGGGAAAAGGGGCUGGGCACUGCCCUGGUCCGGAGGCUCGGGGGUCCCGGCGGGAACCCCGCGGUGCCACGGGCGGCCCAGAGAGGAGACGAGACCUGCACGGGGGCGCUGCUGGUCGCCGUCAGCUCCGCCGUGGACAAGGUGAUCGCCCACUUCAGCACCGCACGGAACCUGGUGCAGAAGGCCCAGCUGGGGGACAGCCGGCUCAACCCCGACGUGGGGUACCUGCUGCUGCACACCCUCUGCCCUGCGCUCUACGCCUUGGUGGAGGACGGGCUGAAGCCGUUCCAGAAGGAUGUUAUCACAGGCCAGAGGAAAAAUUCCCCCUGGAGUGUGGUGGAAGCCUCCGUGAAGACAGGCCCCAACACCCGCUCCCUGCACUCCCUGUGCUGGCAUGUGGCCGGGCUGGCCCCCCUCAGCAGCACCAGGCAGAAGUUCCAUGCCUUCAUCCUUGGCCUUUUGAAUAUUAAACAGCUGGAGUUGUGGAUAUCUCACCUGCAGAAGAGCCCAGGUGUGAUCUCCGUGCUUUACUCACCCACGGCCUUCUUUGCCCUGAGCCAAGGCCCUCUUCCCCACCUUGCUGACGAACUGCUGCUGCUUAUCCAACCUCUCUCGGUGCUGACUUUCCACCUGGACUUGCUCUUUGAACACCACCACCUCUCCGUGGAUGUCCGGCCCUUGUCCCGCCGGUUGCAGUCACCGCUGUCUCCCGGCCGUCCCCCCGUUCCGGUGCGGGGGGCUGUGUCUCUGGAGGGCCGGAGUGGCACUGCCAGGGACAGCCCGGAGGAUGAGACCCCCCCCGAUGCUCUGGGCAGGGUGGGGGGCACAGGGGGCAGCACAAGGGCCCGGUCCCAAAUGACCAUGGGUGGGCUGGUCCCUGCCCCCCCCGUGGGUGCUGCCCUGCACCAAACCUUCCAGCACGUGCUGCGCUGGGGCGACCAGCUCAGCCGCACCUUGCUGGGAUCUGGCACCCCCCCAGAGAGUCACAGGCCUGAGGAGGGCACUGGGGGCACUGGGGACACUGGGGCUGGCCUCAGUGGCUGGUGGGGCCAGCUGAGCCAGAGCUCCAGGAUUUACACUGCUCCUAGCAAGGAGAAGUUCCCCUUGGUCUGGUGGACGAAGCUGCGGGCGGCUGCAGGGGAUCCCAGCCCGGGCCAGGCUGUGCAAUCCCAAACUUCCACGAGUGAGCCGAGAGGCACGGAGCUGCAGCUCCUUCAGACCAAAGCUGUCCCUGAACCCUCCGGCCCAAAGCCCAGCAGCAGCACUGACACCUCAGGGACCUCUUCCCCUGAAGACCUCUUCUUGCCCACUGGAACUGGAGCACUCACCAAGCUGGAUGAUCCCACUGCUGGAAAGAAUCUCCUGGCUGCUUCCCCGGAGCCUCCUGCCAACAGGAACCAGGCAGCACCUUCUGGCCCGGAGAGGGGUGAUCCUCCCAGUCCUGACAGGGGCAGCUGGCUGGGCCGGCUCUUUGGAGCCACCAACCCCUCAUCCAGGAGCUUCUCCCCCAGUCCUGACACCGUCUUGGCCAGGUCCAGGAGACCGUCCCGCUGGCUGUCCCCCAGUCCACGUGUCCUGGCCGGGGUGGUGAAGGGCCUGGCGGCCGACAGGACCCGCGCUCCGGAGCAGCCGGACAGGAGCACGACCGCCCUGCCCCAGGCCCACAGGGCAGUUCGGGCGCUGUGCGACCACACGGGCACCACUGACGGGCACCUGAGCUUCCAAAAAGGGGACAUCCUGGAGCUUCUCUCCACUGUGGAUGAAGACUGGAUCCGCUGCUGCCAUGGAAACAGCACCGGCCUUGUUCCUGUUGGUUACACGUCCCUGAUUUUGUGAGGAGGCGGAAGGGACCUGAGGAAGCAGCUGCGCUCGCCCGCCGGAGCGGGUGCCAGCUCCGGGAGGGGACGUCUCCUGCCACGGCUUUGCCACCUCCAGAGCUUCACCACCUCCGGGGCUGGCAGCUGCCGGGGGACCGUGCCCUGUGCCUGUCACUGCUGCUCCUUCGCAUGACGUCCCCGUCUGCCACCGCGUCCCCCGGCCCCGCUGCCGCGGAGCCGCGGCUCCUCUUCGGGACCUGCUCUGGCUCUCGGUUCCUCAGCUGCUGCCCGCACCUGUGCCAGGGCAGGGACGGCUCCUUUCUCUGCCUGGCCCUCACAGUCCCCUGUGUCGUCUCCGUGCCGUCGUGUCCCGCCACCUCCACGUGCCCUGCUCUGCCCUGGGGCCGGUGGCCCAGGCCGGCCCCCGCCACCGAUGCGCAGUCCCAGCACUCUGUAAAUAGUUGUAACCACAGGAAUGAGCUUGUUCCACGGGGAAAAGGCUGGAAAUAAAGGUUGUGACUCAUG